AUGGAGAAGUUAGUGCUUGUAUCAAUCUGCCUAUUGGGUAUUUUGGUGUGUUUUGGAACCGGUCAGCACCAUUUACGCGCACGUGUCGGACCGUGGAGACACCGGAUUGAGUGGGAAAAUAACGGCCAGGUGUACAGUUUGCUGAGCACGGGGACUCAAUAUCGCUCACCUGCGCAGAACAGAAGACGCACUCAGCUCGUACUGACCACUAAAAACAGUUUUAACCGGCUUCACCCUCCUGUUGCACUCAGUAGAUCCACCGGAACCAGACAUGGAGACGCAGCCGGGGGACACAUUCAACAAAACGACCUCAAUCAAAUGGAUGCGUCGGUUCUUGGUGUUGAUGCGGGUCAGUAUUUACUCGCCUCGGGACGACCCGGGACACACAGUCGGUCCCCACAGAGCCGAGCAACCACCGGAGAGCUUGUGGUUGUCCGUUCACAACCGGCACCGCCCAACAGCAGCGUUGCGGCUUUCCCAUCCAUCCAGGAGUUCUCCGGCAGCGGAGUCCCGCGAGGAGGCCGGAGUACACCUGGAGAUGGCUCGCAGCAGGCCACAGCGUCACCGGUAAGAUCACCGGACUUUACGCACAGCCGACCUGGCAGGAUAAGAUCUGAGAGCUCAGAAUCAACUGCCCGGUCAUCCGACCCAGCUGGACGGGUCACAGUGGCUGAGGGUGUUGGGAACACACGUCGCAUCCUGCAGCAAACCCGUCUGGGAGACACCACCAGUGCGCAAAGAGCGCACUCCCUGACCAGAAUCACACCGGAGUCAAAUGUUUCUCCCACAGCGCUGUCCAGUAACUCCGUAGAACUACACUUUCCUCGCCCGAGACCGGAUACAACAAGGACUACGGACAUGGGUGACCCACGGGACCCGCACAGUAUUCAUCACAGGAACUCAGUUUUCUAUAAUAUUUAUCCACCAGACCGCAGAAACAGGAUCCCUGUGCGCCCUCCACCAGGACCGGGCUAUGGAACCAAGUUCUUCCACAAUGGUCUCCCGGACUUGGUUCCUGACCCUUACUACAUCCAAGCUGCCUCUUACAUCCAGAGAGUGCAGAUGUACGCACUUCGCUGUGCCGCUGAAGAAAACUGUCUUUCCAGGUCUGCGAGUCAUCCCAGUGUGAGGGACCUCGACUACAGAGUCCUGCUGCGCUUCCCACAGCGAGUGAAGAACCAGGGAACGGCAGACUUCCUCCCAGUGAAGCCCCGACAUGAGUGGGAAUGGCACAGCUGUCACCAGCAUUACCACAGCAUGGAAGCCUUCAGUAAUUACGACCUGUUGGACGUCUCCACUGGACAGAAGGUCGCAGAGGGACACAAGGCCAGUUUCUGUCUGGAGGACACGUCUUGUGACCCGGGGGUGCGACGGCGCUUUGCCUGCACCUCUCACACACAGGGGCUCGGUCCUGGUUGCUACGACACCUAUCAUGCCAACAUCGACUGCCAGUGGAUCGACAUCACUGACGUACUGCCUGGAAACUACAUACUCAAGGUGACGGUGAACCCCUCUCAGAUGGUUCAGGAGUCUGACUUCUCCAACAAUGAGGUGCGCUGCGACAUCAGGUACACAGGAAGCUACGUCCAGGCCAGAAACUGCAGAAUCACUGUGUAA